AUGGCACCUCUUCGACCUGAAACAAUCCCUCGUGAAAUGGAAGCAGUCAUGAAGGACUGGCUAGAAAGCUAUCGGCCAGUUCGCCAGAGAACGGUACGUAGUGAAACGACAAAGGACAAGGCUGGUGCAUUGCCACCAGCUGUAUACAAGUCCUCUGAUCCACAGUCUUCAAAAGUUCAUUUUCCCGAAGACCAGAUUCAAGUCAUCCAACCCACGCCAAACAUUACUUUUGUUGAUGAAUCUAAUGUCGCAGUUGUUGUGAGUGGUAAAGAUGAGACAGAGCUGCAGAUAGAACAGAUUGAUGAGUAUGAGACGGAUUCCGAUGAUGGCGCACCUUCCAGCCACGAUGAAGAUGAUGAAUUUGGUGGUGUUAGUGAACUACCUAUCCGUCCAGCUAGUGUAACUCGUUCUGGAAGAGCU